UGCAGCGGAGGUGCAAUCGCCGGUCAAGCACGGGCGUUUCCUUCAACUUCCCCCCCCCCCCCCCCCCCCUCACCCCCCCGCAUUCCCAUAGCAACCUAUUUCGGGCAAAAGGAAGGAGGGGAAAGAAAGAGGAAAAGGAAAGAGGGAGUUGGGGGAAACGAAGGAAGGGGAAGAGGAGUGGGGGGAGGAAAGAUGAAAGCUUUCGCUGUUCAGUCCUCUGGUAUGCUAGCCUUGAUGAUAGAAGGGAUUUGUGUAUCAGUAAGUCUGUUGACAGCGUUGCUGUUAUUGACAGUCGCGACUGUGACACAUGUCACAAUCGAGCGGAUUGAUAAUCGAUCGCCGGCUGAUGCUUUCUCGUUGAUGAGUAGUCCUGAUAGGGCAUUGCGGUCGCCCGCGGCAGCAGCAGGUCCCCCUGCACCAUCGCGUGCGGCGCCUUCGGUUGAGCAGCAGCUCCUGUCCCGUCUACAUGGGGAGGAGGGGAGGGGUGGAAAGGAGGGAGGAAAGCAGCAGCACCAGCAGCAGGAGCAGGAGGAGGAGGAGGAGGAGGAGGAGGAGGAGGAGGUGGAGAGGAGUAGGAGUAGGAGGGGGAAGAAGAUCCAGGGAAGGACAAACAUCUCUGCUACGAAGUUGGUCGCAAUCGGGAGGCUGGGAUCGGGAUCGCAGAUGAAUCGAAUCGAGUACGGCCGCGACCGUCGGGGGGAGGGCCGGGGGGUUGCGACUGAUGUGUUGUCGUUGGCGCGCAGUGACUCUAGCGCCACGAUUCCGUCUUCUUCCGUCUCUUCGGCUCUGCUGUCCCGGUCCCGAUCGGUCGAUGUGAAGUUCGCCGCUUCGACACGAACACCACGUGCCCCUUUGCAGUCCGCAGGUCGUAUCGUCGCUUCCACUGCGUCAUCAUCAUCAUCAUCAUCAUCAUCAUCAUCAUCAUCGUCGUUCUUGUCAUCGCCAUCAUCCACGUCCUCAUCAUCGUCGUCCUUGUCAUCGCCAUUGCCGGAAGCUAAUUAUACCCUAUUGAAGGGUACAUGGCCAUCAUCUUCGCCAGCGCCAUCGCCAGCGCCAUCGCCAGCGCCAGCGCCAGCAGCUGCUGCUGGGAACGCGGCAUCUUCUUCGCCAUCUUCUUCCCCGAUGUCCCCCACCGUUCGUGUCCUCCUGGAUCCUCCUUCUUCAUCACCGGCAAGGAACGCGUCUGCUUCGUCGUCUUCUUCGCCAUCGCCAGGAGCUCAAAUUGUCUCCUCCUCCUCGACUUCGUAUCCAUCGCCGUUUUCUUCCCUGUCACCGCCUACCGCUCCCAUUCUCUCCAAUUCAUCAGUGCACGCAACGCCACCGCCACCAGCUCUCUCGGUAGGCCAAGGAGGUGAUGCAAAAACCGCGUCUGCGUCGUCGUCGCCUUCCUCGCCAUCGCCAUCGCCAUCGCCAGGAGCUCAAAUCGUCCCCUCUUCCUCGAACGGGUAUCCAUCGCUGUCUUCCUCCCCGUCAUCGUCGCCAGCUCGACUUCUCUCGAGGUCACCAGCACAAGUGCCGCCAUUGUCAGCAGCAGCUAUCUCGGUACCGCAACCACCUCCUGGGAACGCGUCCGCUUCUUCUUCCUCUUCUUCAUCAUCUUCUUCCUCAUCUUCUUCCUCAUCUUCUUCGCCAUCGCCCGGAGUUGAAAUGGUCUCGUCCUACCAGCCGUCAUCUCGACCUUCUUCCACAUCACCCCCCACAGCUCCUAUCCUCUCCGAUUCUCCAUCACACCUUACGCCAUCGUCAGCAGCCCUCUCGGUGUCAGCGCCAUCUUCUUCUUCACCAUAUCCAGUAGCACCUGACGUUGUUUCUUCUCCCUCCUCCUUAACUUUUUCGACCUCGCCGACACCCGGCGACAAUAUCUCUUCUUCUUCGCCAUAUCCAGCAGCAGCUUCAGUCGCCUCAGAGUCUCCUUCCUCAUCCGUGCCAUCCGCGCCAGGAGGUCCUGCGGCAUCAUCAGCACCCGCGUCAUCGACUUUGCCAUCGCAAUCCGAGGAAGGUAAUGAUUGGAAUACGCGGGAGGGCGGAGGUCCGUCAUCAUCAUCAUCACCGCCAUCAUCAUCAUCAUCAUCAUCAUCGUCAUCAUCAUCGCAAUCCUUGUCCUUGGCAGGACCACCCCCAAUUGAGUCGGGAUCUGCGACAUUAUCGGAAUCCUUGCCAGAUUCCUUGUCGCGGUCUGCGCCCAGGUCAUCAUCACAAACAACGCCUGCUGAGUCAGCGAUUGCCGGCGAGCUCAAGAUAACGACAACGGAGACAAAUGUUCACGUCGUUGGGAAAAUUGCCAUCCUGACAGAUGCAGUGUGGGCAGAAGGCUGGUCGUUAGCAGACAUAGCCGUCGCAAAGGACGACUCGAGCCUGCUGUACAUCGUGUUGAGGAACACACAGGGAUUGGGAGAGAGAGGAGGCCCACCAAGGUCGUACAUUCUUACGGUCAGAGACGAUCGGACAGACAGUUUGGCGAUGGACAACCCACGAGGAGGAGGAGGAGGAGGAGGAGGGGAAAGGAACGGCAACGCCAUGGCGUCUUCGGCGGGGAAAGAUUGGUUAUGGCAAGGAGGAGGUGAAGGAGGAGGAGGAGGUAAUCUUCUAACCACCUCUGCCUAUUCCCCUAAUGAGUCAGACCUGCUUUCUCUCUCUUUCCCUCCGCCGGAUGGAGCGUCUUCUCUCCCGCCAUCUUUACCCGGGAACUGGUCGAGUGUCCCAGAUAAUCCAACCACCCUUGCAGCCGUCACGGCGAUUGCCUGGACCCCCUGGGGACUGUUCAUUGCAGAUGGCGGGAAAAAUUGGACGGAUGGCGGGAAAGACUGCGGCGCAAAUUUGGCGGGAAAUUCGACAGCAUCGGGUGAUGGUUCUUGUCCGCCAACGAAAGGAGCGGAGAUCAAUUGGGCUGGCUGUAGCGGGGUCUACCCGGCUAUGGCAGCGCGGGAAACGCCGAUGUCCAGACCCUUCGUCUUUGUCUCUAUCAACGACCCCACGGGGCUCGCGUUUCACUCCCAUGGGUCGGCAUCGGGAUCGGGAUCGGGCAACUUCGAUCUGUAUGCAGCCACGUCGUACGGCAUCUCAGAGCUGAGCGGAGAUCAGCCGACCAUCGGGAUCCUGGCGGGACCGGAUCCCGCCGUCGUUCUAACUGCACCCGACCCGGACCCGGAAUCGCCUUCAGGCACACAGCAAAACCCCCUCGCCGCUCCCGACUUAGGGAUUCUGAUUACCCCUCCUAGUAUCCGUUUUGAUUCCAAUCAUAGCAGUGGAUAUCAGUACGCGAACAACGCUAAUUACACCAGCAAUAGCAGUAGUAGUAGUAGUAGUAGUAGUAGUUCUAGUACUAGUAGUCAUAGCAGUUCUAGUACUAGUAGUAGUUCUAGUACUAGUAGUAAUAGCAGCAGUAGUAGUAGUAGUAGUAGUAGUAGUAGUGAUGGAUGUAGUGGAGGGGGUAGUUUAGUGGGGUAUGCCGAGGGCCAUGGCGCGCAUGCGCGAUUCAAUGGGGUGGUAAUGAGCUCGAACGGGCUGGCAUCGGACGGCCAAUGGAUUUAUGUUGCCGACAGUAAUAAUCAUUGCAUCCGUCGGAUCCAUACAAGCAGCGGAACCACGGAGCUUGUUGCUGGGCACCCUGACCAGAAAGGCCAAGUGAUUGACGGCCCAUCUUCUAACGCUCGAUUCGACACUCCCCAUGGUCUAGCCGUUACGGCUGACGGUCGCACAGUCUACGUAACGGAACGGAAGCUGUCAUCCUUGCGACGUCUCUCUCUUGAUACUCCCCAUGGCCGUCUUGUCCGCGUCGACACUCUCGCAACGGCUAACCGAAUUUCUUCCUCUUCUUCUUCUUCUUCUUCUUCUUCUUCUUCUUCUUCUUCUUCUUCUUCUUCGUCUCAGUUUCUUACAGUCGCUUUGAGUCAAUCGGAACAGUUUCUCUACUUGGCGGACAGCUCAGGAAUCGUUUACAAGCUGGCAAUCAACAGAUCAUCAGCUACAGAGCACCCUCAUGGGAAUCAGCCUACGGCAUCGUCGACGCCUCCCGGUGGAGGGAGACAGGGAGAGGGACGGGUGAAGUCCAAGGGAAAGCGUCUCAUCAAAUUUGCUGUAAUUAGCGCCGCCUUGGUUCUGUGUGUUGUCGCAUGUACCUUAUCCUGUUACUCAAGUACCCGCAUUCGCUUACCACGUGUAGACUGCCCGAGAGCUCGCCGCUCCGCGGUGAUUGAGGUGACGGCAACAAAAAGUCUGCCUCCCGACGUUGCCGAUGCUGCUGCUGCUGCUGUCGCUGUUGCUGCUCCCAUUGACGCCGCUGAUCAGCCCGAUGACGACGAUCCGGUCAACGGCACGUCGACUACGAAUGUAGCGUCCGAGUCCAUCAAGCACGUGGCAGACACGUGUCAGAAGAGGGUCGCGACCUUGGUGAGCUCUGGCCGACCGGCUCCUAUCCGCACUUCCCGUCGUCAUUGGUCUGCUCUUUCCUUCUCCUCCUCCUCCUCCCCCUCCUCCAGUGCUCCCUCGUCCUGCCGCUCCAAUGCAGCGCCUCCUCCCUCGUCUUCCUUUGUUCCCUACUCGAGCGGUAAGAUCGUCCCGAUCCCGAUCGACACGGUGGCGGAUGCCUGUGACAACUUCCACCCCGACAACGUGAUCCGUAAGGACGGACCUCCCGCACGUCUGACCGUCUACGAGGGCCUCCUCCCUCUCCCUCUUGCUCUCGACAAGGUGUGGAUUUACGUUCUGGAGGCGGAGUAUGGAGAGUUUUCUGUAAGUCAGACAAGACAGUUUCAGUCCGAGAUCCGUCGCCUUGGCGGUAUUCAUCACACAGGAUUGGCCAAGAUGAUCGGCUACUGCACCGAGCAAAAUGCCACGUGGAUUCUCGUUUUUCCCGCCAUUUCUCCUGGAUGGAGUCUGCGCGACAUCCUCCAUCGAUCUUCUUCUCCUCCUCCUCCUCCUCCUUCUCCUUCUCCUUCUCUUCCUCCUGCUGCUGCUGCUGCUGCUGCUGCUGCUAAUGCUAAUGGGAAUCAUCCUGGACGUCCGCGUCGUCAUUCCUCCUCCCCCCUCCCCCUCCCCAGCAGCUCCGUUGGCCCCUCAUUGGCCCGCAGAUCCGACGUGGAGACGUGGCGGGAAGAAAUCGAUAAUGCGCCGCCCGUUAACGCGUUAUGGCGGGAAAAUGCGCCCGCUGGGGAAUCGGACUCCGCGGCGUCGCUGCCGCUGAUGUCAGAGUUAUCAUCGGCGGCUUCCAUUUCGUCACGUCGAAGAGGAAAGGCGCUUGAUUGGCCGACACGUGUCCUUGUAGCGAAGCAGAUCAGCAGCGCUCUUGCGUACCUUCACAAGUCCAAUCCUCGCAUGAUACACGGGCGCGUGUCGUCGCAGAGCAUCCGAUUAGAACGCCAGUGUGCCGAUGGCUGGCCUGCGCGCGCGCAGCUAGUCGGCCUUGGUCUGCCCCAGCUGUGCGCCAUUGCCGCUGACGAGCGGAUCUCCGCCUCCUUCUCCCGCAGCCCAGGACGAUGCUCCUUCAGAGGGUGCCCCUGCCUCAUACCCCCCCAAACCUUUCCAUACGUUCCAUCGCAAGAAUGGGAUUGGGAGGGGGAGGGGGAGGGGGAGGGGGGGGCGGAGGGCGACGAUAACUCGGCGGUAAUGUACUCGCGGUCGAACGAUGUUUACGCGUUCGGAGUUGUACUUCUCGAGCUAAUCACAGGAAGGCCCGCACUUGUGCCACGUGUCAGCCUGGGAGAGCAUGCCAGUAAAUUGGCCAGUAGUGCUGAUUCGAUCUCGAUCGGGGGGGAAGAACCGGAUGGCCAAUGUGGCGUUAGGAAGGACAGCGAAAACGAGGAGCAGGUAGUCCAUGAAAAGCAGGAGGAGAUUCUGAAGAAUAAGGAGAAGAAGGGGGAGGAAGAGGAGGAGGAGGAGGAGGAGGAGCAGGAGAGGGAGGAGGAGGAGAAGGAGGAGGAGAAGGAGAGGGAGGAGGAGGAGAAGGAGGCCGCUGAGAAGGAGAAGGAGAGCGGAACACACCUAACACUUGUAUCAUGGAUGAGACAUUUAUUGCGGGCGAACGAAACAAUCGGGAAGGAGGAGAUGGAGGUGUAUGUUGAUUCUGGACUCCCCGUCGAGGGUCCUCAAGGGAUGGCCGUGCGUUCUUUGACUGUCUUGGCAAUGUCCUGCGUCGAUCGGGAUCCCACGAAACGCCCUGCCAUGGAUGCUGUUCAUAGACACAUCUGGAAUAUCCAGCUCGCCAUGAGUCGAGCUCGUUACUGAUCUCUCUCUCUCUCUCUCUCUCUCUCUCUCUAUACUUCUUCUUUUGGCGACUGCGGCUGCUGCGGCUGCUUCUCCUCCGCCGCGGGAAGGGUCUCUGCACCUAGUCCUACUUGUAUAUAAACUCGCAGCUCCUAUGUUUUUCUUCUCUUUUCGUUUAAAAACACCCGCCCGCCCCCGCCCAGCAUAACGCUCUGGAGUGGAAGACUC